AUGUAAACAAUAGAACAAAAUAAUUUGUAAGAUUAGACUGAAGUAUUAAUUGAAUCUAAUCAUUAAUUUAAUAUACUAUCUAUGAAUACUGUAGAUAAAUUAUAAGUUAACAUUUAAAGUUCUAUCUCUAAGUUAAAUCAACUAAUGAUAAAAGCUUAAGAUAUAACUUAGAAGAAUCAUUAAAAUCAAGAGUUAUGCUUAAAAGCUGUUUAAGUAGUAUAAGUGGCAUCGAUUGGAUUGAUGUAGAUUAUGAAUAUUAAUGAAUUGCUUGAAAACAAAGUUUUAUCUAUUGAAAAAAGUGCUAGUAGUUUAAAUAUUACAUGCACAAGACACUAGUUAAAUUAAUAUACAACAAAUUUAGUUCUAGAUUAUAUGAAUCAUAUAAUCUUAGAAAAUGUUUUAGAGUUAUUGGAUUAGUUUUAAUAGUUGGAGAAAUAAUAAAAACGAAAUCUUGCUAUAUAUUUAGCAAAAUUCUAGUCUUGUAUUGAAAUUUUACCAGGAGCUACAAGAGUCUAGCAUAAUGAUUUAUUUGCAAUAUCUUUUGAUCAUUAAGAUUGGUAAAUGAUUUAUCCAUUUAUCGAAAAAAAAUAAUUGUCUAGUGAUGAAUAAAUAAAGAAGUCUUAUGAUAAAGUUGCUUAAGGAAUUCUACUUGGAAAUGCAAUGAUCUCAAAAGGAUCCGAAUAUAAUGGAGAAUUAAAAAAAUCAUUUAUGGAGGGAUUUGGAGCAUUAUAUUAUGGAUUAAAUAAGAAAAAGAUGAAAAGUAGAGCAGAUCAUUUUCUUGUAGAAGCAAAAGAAGAAGAUGCUUUUAAAGCAUGGAAUUUACCUGAUACUGGUAUACUAAAGAAAUUUCUUCCAGCUAUUUUACCUUCCAUCUCUUUUAAUAAGAAGAUUUACAUACCUAAAUUAUUCAGAAAGAUUAAUAAAGAAUAUAUCUUAAAUUAAUAUAAUUAAGGAACAAUUAAUAAAAUAAAUAAUGAUUGUGGUAUAUAUUAUCCAGAUUAAAUGAUAUCUUUAGAUGAUUUAUUUAAAAAUGAUAUAAAUUAAGAUAGAGUAUAAGUAAGGGUUCUCUGUCAUGAAAAUUUGAAAUUUAAAGGUGUAGAUGGAUUUAUGUCAAUGUUUAAAAGUACCAGAAAUAAGGAGUUUAAUUUUGAUAAGAUUAUUAUUCAUAUACGUAAUUUAUAAUUAUAAAUAUAGAUGGAGGAGGUUUUGUGGCUAUGUCAUCGAGAUCACAUUAAACAUAUACUAGAAAAUGGGCUAAUAAUAUGAGAGUUCCAAUCUUUUCUAUUGAUUAUAAAAUAGCACCAGAUCAUCCAUAUCCAGAAGGAUUAGAUGAUUGUUGGUAAGCCUAUAUGUUUAUUAUCACCUUCAUCUAGAAGUUUUUCAAUAUUAUUCCAUCUAAAGUAGUAUUAGUGGGGGAUAGUGCUGGUGGUAAUUUAGUGGCUGCUUUGACUAUCCAAGCAAUAAAGGCAGGAGUCAGAGUUCCUGAUGGUAUAUUACUAGCUUAUCCUGCUCUUUUAUUAAAUAUGAAGACAUUCACUCCUAGUUUUUUAGUGUCACUUGAUGAUUCUUGUAAAAAUAUUCAUUAUAGUUAGUAUUGCAUCAUACAGUUUUGAAAUUAUGUAUACGUUCUUAUGUUUAGAAAGAAUAUAAUACAUAAAUUGAUCCAAUGCUAUCACCUUCUAUAGUUAGUGAUGAAAUUAUGAGACAAUUUCCUAAAACUCGAAUUGUUGUAGGAACUUAGGACCCACUUCAUGAUGAAAGUUUUAGGUUUUUGUAAAAGCUUGUAUUAUUGAAAAAAGAUGUUAAAUUGAUUGAAUAUUAAUCUAUGCCUCAUGGAUUUUUAUCUUUUGAUAUAAUUAAUGGAAUGAAAGAAGCUAAAUAAACAGUUAUUGAUGCUUAAAAUUACCUAUUGGAAAUGCUGAAUUGA